AUGGCCGCGACUGGCUUCCAUUGCCCUUCACUGCCCGCAGUAAGGAUGGCUCCGGUGACUUCCUUCGAAACUCACAUUUCCCGUAAAAAAGAUGGCGCCAUUGCUUCCGCGUUCCGGUUGCGGAUGGUGAGUGUGUUGGGGGGCUUGGCGGCUAUUCUCGUCAGUUUUCUGGAGUGCUUUGGAGAGAGGACUAUGGCAGCCAGGGACGCCACUUCAGGCAGCCUGUCAGAGGAGAGCAGUGCUUUGGACCUGCCAUCAGCGUGUGACAUAAGAGAUUAUGUCCUGCGGAGACCCAGCCAAGAAGCCAACAGCGAGGCUUUCAGUUCUUUGGAAUUCCAUUCUUUUCCUUAUUCUUCUGAUGUGGAUCCAGCAGAUCUCUGAGAAUGCUUCAUUGUCUUAGGCAGAAAAACAUCUUACCUAAGCAAAGCUAUCAGGAGGAACUUCAAAGGACAGCUUCCCUGGCACAGCAAUGACAAGGAGCUGUUUCCUGGAUGUCUUUUUGUUAUUGUUGCUGUUAAUCUCAGGUCUCUUUCUAAUCUCCCCCAAAAUGAAUUCAGAAGCAGGGGAAUAUUUGGUUCAACAAAGAGAGAGUGGAAUUGUUUUCUUGUUUUGUUCUUUUAAAACUUCAGAAAAUAGCAAUGUGGGCCUGUUACUUGUGGUGAGUAAUAAAAAUAGAGACUUUAGCAUUCCUUGUAUGAAGUAUGCUCUGGAUUUAAGUAACAGCCUUUCUGCAAGGUUUCCUGACUAGAUUGCCGAAACAUCUAUUAUUUAAACUAAUGAUAAUUUCCUGAUGUAGGUGGUGACCGUCUUUAGUGGUAAAGCCCUCUCUUUCAUAUUAAUUACCUGAUCUGAGUCUGGAGGCCCGCAGACCUGGAUGUAUUUAUUUAUUCAUUUAUUUCUUGUUAGUUUUGGUUAAUCCCCUAGGUUUAUCACACAGACCUGGAUUUAAAGUUCAGCUCUGCCACUUACUGGCUAUGUGACUCGGGGCAUGUUCCUUAACCCCUCUGAGCUCCAGAGUCAUCUACAAAAUGGUGAUCAGAAUGCUUGCUCCACCCAGUCAGGUUUAGCUUAAGGUAAACCUGUAAGGUACUUAGCAUGGUUUUUCUGCCAUCGAUGGGUGCUCAGUCAAUGUUGUUGUUCUGGCAAUUAAGAAAUCCAAAUGGUCAGGUGUGGUAGCUCACACCUGUAAUCCUAACACUUUGGGAGGCCGAGGCGAGUGGAUCACCUAAGGUCAGGAGUUCAAGACCAGCCUGGCCAACAUGGCAAAACUCUGUCUCUACUAAAAAUACAAAAA